CAUAGAAUAGAAUCUUUUUAACAAAAAAACAAAAAAAAAAUAGAAUAGAAUCUAGAUUAGUGAGAUUGGAAUAACUAUAGUACAGUACAACGACUCUCAAGUCUCAAGACAACUUAAUAAAUCAUUAAAACGGUCGAAAUGACUUUAUAGCCGUUGGUCAUGUUUUUCUCGCUUGCCGUUUUUUUGGCGCAGGCCAAGAAGUAAAACUAGCCGUUGCAAUAAACAUAAACUAAACUCUUGUCUUUGUCUUCUUCCUCCGUCACUCGGACCAUAAUUACUCUUGGCUACAGCACUCAGUCACUCACUUUUUCCUUUCCCAUCUCACUAAAAAUCAACCUUCUCUCUCUCUAUCUCUCUCUCUCUAUCUCUCUCUUGCUUUGUUGUCCUCCAAAAACAGAGGAAGAAGAACACAACAAAGAACUGAAACUCCUGCUCUUCUUCAUCUUUCUUCUUCUUCGUUUUUCUAUUUUUUUUUUCAUUUCUUUUGAAAUGAGUCUGCUAUACAGAAGCCCAUUUCGGAUUUUUGAAUUUAGUUUCAUUUCUUGCACGAGUCUCCUCUUGUGUCUCUCACUCUUGUCUGCUCACGCUGUUGCAGGUGGUGGUGGCCGUCACUCCUGGGAUGGAAUCGUGGUGACUCAGGCGAACUAUCAGGCACUCCAAGCAAUCAAACACGAACUCAUUGACUUCACCGGAGUUCUCAAAAGCUGGAACGACUCUGCCUCCACCAGUGUUUGCUCUGGCGGUUGGGCUGGAAUCAAAUGCCUCCGAGGCCAAGUGGUUGCCAUUCAACUCCCAUGGAAGGGACUCGGCGGCACUAUCUCCGAGAAGAUCGGACAGCUUCAGAGUCUUAGAAAACUUAGCCUCCACGACAACGUCAUCGCCGGUUCAGUUCCCCGUUCCCUCGGCUACCUCCGGAGUCUCCGUGGAGUCCAUCUUUUUAACAACCGCCUCUCUGGUUCGGUCCCAGCCUCACUCGGCAACUGCCCUCUUCUCCAGAAUCUUGAUCUUAGCAAUAACCAGCUGUCUGGAAUCAUCCCGGCUAGUCUUGCUGAGUCCACCAGGCUCUAUAGGCUCAACCUCAGCUUCAAUUUGUUAUCCGGUCCACUUCCAGUAAGUGUUACAAGAUCAUAUACCCUCACUUUUCUAGACCUUCAGCAUAACAACCUCUCUGGUCCCAUACCCGACUUUUCGGUUAAUGGCUCUCACCCUCUCAAAACGCUGAAUCUAGACCACAAUCUCUUCUCUGGAGCUGUUCCCUUGACUCUCUGCAAACAAAGUUUGUUGGAAGAGGUUUCUUUAAGCCAUAACCAGCUCUCUGGUUCUAUUCCCAUGGAAUGCGGAGCUCUUCCACAGCUCCACAGCCUUGAUGUUUCAUACAACUCAAUUAACGGAAGCAUCCCAGACAGCUUCUCCAACCUUUCAUCUCUAGCUUCACUAAACCUCGAGAGCAACCACCUCAAAGGCACAAUCCCAGAUGCCAUCGAUAGACUGCACAACCUGACAGUGCUUAACCUCAAGAGAAACAAGAUCAAUGGUCCUAUCCCAGAGAGAAUAGGGAACCUAUCUGGAAUCAGACAGCUUGAUCUGUCUGAAAACAACUUCACCGGUCCGAUCCCUGCCUCUCUAGUCAACCUUGCGAACCUUUCUUCAUUCAACGUCUCAUUCAACACGCUCUCUGGUCCUGUUCCGGCUAUUCUCUCCACAAAGUUCAACUCAAGCUCUUUCGUGGGCAACAUUCAGCUCUGUGGCUACAGUUCCUCCACUCCAUGUCCUUCUCCAAAACCUCAUCAUCCUCUCACCAUUUCGCCUACCUCAUCACAAGAACCAAGAAAAAAACAACACAGAAAACUCUCGGUGAAGGAUAUAAUUCUAAUCGCCAUUGGAGCUCUUCUAGCCAUUCUGCUUUUGUUAUGCUGCGUAUUACUCUGCUGCCUGAUCAAGAAACGUGCCGCCUUGAAGCAGAAAGACGGCAAGGACAAGAUCUCUGAGAAGACAUCAUCUGCAGUUGCUGCAGCAACAUCAUCAGCAGGAGGUGAGAUGGGAGGAAAGCUAGUCCAUUUCGAUGGCCCGUUUGUGUUCACUGCCGAUGAUCUGCUCUGUGCCACGGCUGAGAUCAUGGGGAAAAGUACUUAUGGUACAGCAUACAAGGCGACCUUGGAGGACGGAAACGAGGUCGCUGUGAAGCGACUGAGAGAGAAAACAACCAAAGGGGUCAAAGAGUUUGAAGGAGAGGUCACAGCUUUGGGCAAGAUUCGACACCCGAAUCUUCUUGCUCUAAGAGCUUACUACUUAGGACCCAAAGGAGAGAAGCUCCUCGUCUUCGAUUACAUGUCCAAGGGUAGCCUCUCUGCGUUUCUUCACGCUCGAGGACCAGAAACCCUAAUUCCAUGGGAAACAAGGAUGAAGAUAGCAAAAGGGAUCGCUCGUGGCUUGGCUCACCUUCACAGCAACGAGAACACGAUCCACGAGAAUCUCACGGCCAGCAAUAUCCUCCUCGACGAGCAGACCAACGCACAGAUCGCCGAUUACGGACUCUCCAGGCUAAUGACGGCGGCCGCCGCCACAAACGUGAUCGCAACCGCCGGAACGCUGGGAUACCGAGCGCCGGAGUUCUCAAAGAUAAAGAACGCAAGCACAAAGACCGACGUAUACAGCUUGGGGAUCAUCAUACUGGAGCUAUUGACGGGGAAAUCUCCAGGUGAGCCGACGAACGGGAUGGAUUUGCCUCAGUGGGUAGCGUCGAUUGUGAAGGAAGAGUGGACCAAUGAAGUGUUCGAUUUGGAGCUGAUGAGAGAGACACAAACCGUUGGAGACGAGCUUUUGAAUACUCUGAAAUUGGCGUUACAUUGUGUUGAUCCGUCGCCAGCGGCGAGGCCAGAAGCAAUUCAGGUGGUGAAUCAGCUUGACGAGAUUAGGCCGGAGCCUGAGUCCGCCGAGAUGACGCCGAUUGGAUCCGGCGGUGAUGGAGCUAAAGAUCCACAGUCAAAUGAAGAGGAGAAUUGAAGGAGAAUUUUCAGUUGAGAAUAAAGAAGGCAUGAUUAUCUUAUAUUAUUAUUAUAUAUACACUUAUAAAACACAUUUAUAUAAUUCAUUAUUCUUUGAUUCAAGUAAUUUGUAGAUAUACAUGGUUUUUUGUAAUGUAAUUCGAUUAUCCAUUCUA